CAUCCCCCUGAAUUUUCACAUUCGCUUCAGUCUCCGCUUAGCCGUGGACCCGGGAGGACGUCCCGUGCGUUACGACUAAAAUCAGUUUAUUCAAAACCGUGUUUUGUGUAUUACUGCAAAUACAGUGGUAGUCCAACGUUAUUAAGCUGUCAGAGAAAAAACGCGCCACCAUGCUCGGAAUACGUUCAUCCUGUGUUUUUCUCUACGCUCUGCUUAUGGUACUUGUGAACGUACAUGGUCAAACUGAAACCGAAGCACCUUCCACUACGAGUACUAAACCACCACCGACGACGGUAGCUUCGACCACCGUGACAUGGGAAACUGAAACCCUCAACGAGGGUCAGGCGAUACAGAAGGCUUUACAAUAUUUGCUGCAACAUAGACAGCCUGAUUGGGGAUGGGGGAACGAUACCCAUCACGUAAUGCUUACGUUACAGUUAGCCAAUAACACAGGCAAAGAGAUUGAACAACAGGGACUAGAGAUGCAACUGUCUGCCAAGCAAAUGGAGAUUGAGAUACUACUUAUGAUGUCCAAGCACCACGAGUCCCCGCCGCCGCUGAGCCGGCUGGCGGCGUACACGCUGGCACUGGGCGCGCUCUGCAAGGACCCGCGCGCGCUGCACGGACGCGACCUGGUCACGGCGCUGUUGCACCGCGAGCCGCCACACGACCUUGACUUCGCCUACGCCACGCUCGCCGCCUGCUCGUCCGCCGCGCACGUGCGGCGCCGGCACAUCCGCCGCCUGCUCGACAUCGCCAACGCCGCCGCCGACCACAGUCUCGAUACAAUUUCAAUGGUUAUCUUGGCACUACGCUGCGUAGUUCAAGAUCACCGUCACCGAAGUCUGAUACAUUUCGUACGAAGACCGAUGGCUGGUCUGGCGCGGCAGCAACAUCCCGACGGUAGUUUUGGUACCUUGACCACAACAGCGUUAGCUAUACAGGCUCUCGAAGAUUCUGACAAUGGCCCCGGAGCUCACCAACAUUGGAGUCUCCCCGCUGCAAGGAAGUGGCUGCUCGAGCGACAGGAGCCUGAUGGCGGUUGGGGCGAUGUAGCAAAAACCGCAGCAGCGGUCGCAGCGCUCACUCCUGCAUCCCUUGCUGCUGUUCGACCACCGCAUUGCAGCGAUAAAUUGCUAGAUAGUCGACAUGAACCACUUGAUAAUAAUGGCGGAGACGGCAGUUUGAAGCUGGCGUACCAAGCAGGUCACUCGAGCAAUGAUUCCGACGCUCGCAAUGUCUCCUUCACGUAUACGCUCUGGCUUGGAACCAAUGUUACCGAAAAUUAUACUUUAUAUAUGAUAGCUCCCAGGAACAUAUCAUUCUAUCACGUCAUGCAAAUGGCUGCAGAACAGGACCCUAAGUUUAAGUUCGAAGCUAGUGAAUGGCCAAAUGGUCACUAUGUGCACACUCUAGCUGGUCACAAGGAGGAACCCAUGGGCUACCACUACUGGUUGCUUUACCGCUUGCCUGAGAUACCCGACCCUGUCAGCCCUCCUGGCAAUCAACUGGUUGCUCCUGUCGGUGUUGACGAUUUACUCGUAGAAGACGGGGAACAUUACCUGUUCUGGUACAAGAAGCUGUAAUUCUUAUAAUAGGAUUUUCUUUAUCAAAUUGUGAUUUAAUAUUUAAGCCACUGAAACAAAUCUGCGAUCUGAUGUUGGAAGAGCCAAAGUAAAUAGAACCCACAUUUUGCGAAAUAAUUUAAAUUAAUAAAUAUGUAAUUACUUCGUGCUAAAAUUACAUAAGCUUUACAUAAUCAAUACCAAAUAUAUCACGCAAGAAGGCAUAUUCUAAAGACUAAUUUUAUAAACGGGAAAGUAAAUCUGUCUGUUUGUUACGCUCACAGCCAAACCAUUGCACCAAAUUUGACCAAAGUUGGUAUUCUUGGAACCUCAAGGAAGGACUUAGGACUAUCUUUAAUGCCUUAGACCUGACCCGAUUAUCAAAAGUAAAGCUUAUUGAUAUUGGCCCUUUUAGCACCAUGCCACAGAUAUUUCAAUAAGAUUGUUCAAGGUAUAGAGUACCUUUAGUUGAACACACGUAGGACAUCUACAUUAGCUUAGUGAACUACUAUAAUUCUCUCGUAUAGCUACGACCUUCAAAAUAUCAAUAGUUUUGAUAGUAUUCAACUUUAAAAUAUGUAGUAAUAUAUAAUAAAAUUUACAUUUAAAUUAAAACUUAUUCAAGAAAUAAUUGAACCUAAUUAUUAGAAGAAUUAGAAAUAAGUACUAAUUUGUAUUUGAUAUAAAAAAAUGUUUUUGUUUUUGUUUCACAGACAAUCUAGUGUUGCUAUACUGAUGUUAUUUUAUAUCAACUAUUCACCUGUAAGAAGCAGUAGAUACAAAAACUUUGAAAUAAACACGGAGUAGUAAUACACGAAAUCAGAAAAUAUAAUAUAUCAAUACGAUUCGAUUAGGUACAAUUACCACUAACUUAAGUAAAAGUACAAUAUUUUCACUGCACAAGUUGAAACACAAAGACAGAACUUCUUCUAGGAUUGAUUGAUUUUGUUUUUACUUUAGAUGCCAGUCCUUUUAACUCUUUCUUAAUCUAAAACAGUACUAUUUCCAGUGUUGUCAUAGAAAUAAAUAAUCUGUUUUUUGGGUGUUGAUCAUUUGGAUAAUUAUUAACGCACCAUGAUGGUGAUAUAUUAUUUUUAAUUGAUUUGGCUUCUCUAAAAAUACUAGAUACGUAAUUAUUUCCACUUAAACACAUCUAGUUAAUAAUAUUUCAUGUAUACGUAUUUUAAAACUAUUUAAAUCAUGACACAUAUUUAGGUGUUGCCAUCAUCAUAAUCUCAUUUAUCAUAAAGCCGAAUUUUUCGUGCAAUAUUUAAAAAAAAAUAAACAAGUCAUUUUCUCAUCUUUCAUAAUAUUAUAAUUCUUAUUAGACUAACUUUUAAAAUGUUUUAGCAAUGUAAAAAUAGCUUCAUAUUUAAGGUAUACACGUAUGUGCAAUCUAACAUAGAUUUACUCUUUUAAUGUAAUCAUGUUAGGAGACUGAGCGACACGAGCGACAAAAGUACAUUAGAGUAACAUUUUUAAUAUAACUACU